AUGGAUAUCGGAAGGGUGGGUAUUGGACAUCUCCGAGCGAAUGUUCCCCGUUACACUGACAGGGAGAUUGGCAGUGUGUCGCUCACCGGUAAUGCAAGGGACUUAAUCCUGGGUGUGCAGGAAGUAGCGAGCAUCAUCGUCCGAGUCAAGAUCGGGGGCCUGGCGCGCUGGUGUGAGGGUGACGAUGAUGACGGCGAGUUGCUUUACAAGAUAUUCCCCAAGCUCCCGGCCGGCAUCACCGUCCACCGCGACCUGCCCUCCAAUUACACCUACGGAGACAUCACCUGGAGCGGCUUCGCUGAAGUAGGCGCGGAGAAGCAAUUCCAAGGAACCUGGCAGCAGGUGGAGGCCCAGAUUCGGGUUCUCCAGCCCAACUUCAAGUUUGUGCUCGACCAGGCGAACCGCACCAUCGAGGCCCGCGACAAGGAACCCCCGAGCGACGUGAACGGCCCCGACCGCGAACAUUUCUGUGAGCAUGUCGGUGGCUUCGGCGAAAUUAGUUAUUUUAUUGCCGAGAAUCUACGUAACUACCUGCAAGCUCUGAGUUCCGACCUCAUAUGCAGGAACGGACCGGGAAGCCCCGGGAAGGGCAACUGCGGGCGGAUCUCCUGCGCUUACGAUUCGGCGAUUUGGUGGUGCAACGACAACGACCACCCGGUCACGUUCAAGUGCAACCUCUUCGAGGAGUACGCGGCCCGCAUCGUGGAUAACCUGUAG